AUGACAGAUGAAAUUGAGAAUAAUCAACUAGGAAGUCGUGGAGCUUCCUUUUCCACGGCAACAGUUACAGAAGAAUCCGAGAAUAAUAGUACUAUCAAUGCACCGAACGAUAGUGCUCCAUUAGCAGAUCUACAAGAUGUCGUUGAACCGAUACAUAAUACACAACACCAUACCCAUCGUCGAAUUAGCGCACCAGUUCUACAAGCAUUUCCUCAUUUUCGCUUACUCACGACACAAGAUGCUCGAAAAGGAUAUUAUCUUGUUGAAUCUGGACAACAACUACCAGAAAAUAUUGCAAAUGAUACUUCUACAUCUUUUCAAAAUGGACAAUUGUUAACUAUAAUGAUGGCAACAUGGAAUACAUGUGAAGCAGAAAAAUUAUAUCAACAAAAUAUUACACCGACAACUGAACAAGCAGCUCAACAAAAAGAACGUAUACUUAAUGAUAUGCGUGAUAUAUUGUUACCAUUAUCUCUUGAACAUGUUUCCGAUUUAAUUAUUAUGUGUACACAAGAAAUGUCUGUAGUACAAAACAGGUAUCCACGAAAUGCUUGGGAAAUUUUACUUCAAGAAGCUAUUGGUCCAUGGCAUGUUUUAUUUCAUUCAGUUCAUUUUGGUGCUUUAUCAUUAUGUAUAUUUUUGCGAAGAGAACUAAUGUGGCACUGUACUAAACCUGAAGAAGAUAUUGUUAGAUUUCGAAUUAUCCAUCCUAUUCGUACAAAAGCUUCAUUAGCUGUAACUUUUAAUAUUUUUGCCACAUCAUUUAUGAUUAUUAAUUCACAUUUUGAAGCUGGUGAUGAUUCUGAAGGUCGAUCAAAUCGAAGAUUAAACUUUCAAAACACAUUAGAUAAACUAUCAAUACCACAUGAAUUUAUUCAAAGAACUCGUAUUCAGAAUAGAUCAUUACCAAUUUUAGGUAAUGCAAAAGAUUUAAAACAUAAAACAAAAUCAUGUGAUUGCUUUCUAUGGGCUGGCGAUAUGAAUUUUCGACUUAAUAUGACAUAUCAAGAAGUAAUAGAUCUCUGUAGGGGACAAAAUUAUGAUAAAGUUUUACUUAAAGAUGAAUUUCUUGUGUUACAACAGAAAACAAAUGAUCGAUAUGGUAACUUUGAAGAAUCAAAAAUUAGUUUUCCUCCAACAUAUAAAUUUGAUUUACGUUCUGGUACUAAUAAUUAUGUUGAAAAUCGAAUACCAUCAUAUACAGAUCGUAUCCUUCAUCGAGCUGAACAAGCAUCAGAAUUUGUAUGUACACAAUAUAAAUCUGUUGACAAUGUAAAACAUUCUGAUCAUAAACCUGUUUUUGCUCAUUUUUGUCUCAAACUUAAACCUGGUUUACAUAAGAAUCUUUCAUAUGGAAAAUUUAAUUAUGAAGUUUACAAGCGUGGUUGUGAACAACUUGAACAACAUUAUUCAUUAGGUAUCAAUCCAGGAAAUAAUGGAAACCGUCGAUCAUCUAUGGCUAAAAGUUCUGUUUGUGUUCUUUUAUGA